UGUCCCUUGGACACAGCGGAUCACUGAUGUAUGGAAAGAGCCGAAGAUGUCGGCUCGGUCAUGUGAUCAGCUGUGGCACUGAUGAUCAGUGUGCCCUGAUAAUCAGUGUAGCCCCAGCAGUGCCACCUGUCCGUGCCCAUCAAUGCCAGCUGUCAUUGCCCAUCAAUGCCACCUGCCAGUGCCCAUCAGUGUCUCAUGAAUGCCACAUAUCAGUGCCUAGAGUGGACAUCAAUGCCACAUAUCAGUGCCCAUCUGAGCUGCCUUUCAGUGUCACCUAUCAGUGCCACCUAUCAAUGCCAAUCAGUGCCACCUAUCAGUGCCAGUCAGUGCCGCCUCUCAGUGCCGGUCAA